GUAAUCCAUUUAUCUGCUAGAUAUACGCAAACUGACAUAAUAACCAGUUGUAUUCACUUGUACAGUGUAUCGCCAUGGAAGUGUUACGCAUAAUUCUGCGUUUGUUCUGUGUAUUUAGCUCUAUAGAGGGCUACAAAGUUUUAGUGGCUUUUCCUUUGCCAGUCAGGAGUUUAAAUCUGCUUGGUGAAGGUCUUGUAAGGCAUCUGCUGAACGCUGGACACGAGGUAACAUACAUAACAGCAUACCCAUUUAAAGACCCUCCUAAGAAGAAUUUUAGGCAAAUCGAUCUUAGCAGUGUUAAGAGUGUUUUUGCAAACCAAAACAAACUGAACACCGGCUACAUGAUGAAUAACAGACACACAAACGAUAUUUAUUACGUGCAGGAGCUAGCCCUUAAUUGCGCCAAAGCCACGUUCGCAGAUCAAAACCUUCAGAAUCUGCUGCAAGACACCAGCGAAUCCUUUGACGUGGUCGUAGCUGAUCUUUUGGAAACUGAGAUAUAUGCGGGGCUAUCAGCUGUCUACGACUGUCCCAUGGUGUGGCUUUACUCCAUGGGGGCUCACUCCGUGGCCCUCCGCUUAGUCGACCAGCCUGCCAACCCGGCUUAUGCAUCAGAUUACUUAACAGGACAUAUACCACCGCUGACCUUCGUCCAAAGGGUGGAGCAACUCUGGGCACAUGUUCAGUGGUACUUCUUGAAGUGGUUCUUCAUACAGCCAGAAGAAAAGGUCCUAUACCAGCGCACCUUCGAGCCUCUCCUAGCCAAACGCGGCAGGAGUCUUCCCGACUACCAGGACCUGAUAUACAACGCGUCUCUAAUGUUCAGUAACGAACACAACGCACUGGGGAACGUGCCAGCCAUACCGCAGAACUUUAGGUUUGUCGGUGGAUUCCAUAUUGAAGAUCCACCGAAGGCUUUGCCUCAGGAUCUCCAAGCAAUAAUGGACUCGUCAAAGCACGGCGUGAUAUACUUCAGCAUGGGUUCCACGUGGCAGAGCAAGGAUAUCCCGGAGUCAGUGACGAGGGGUCUCCUGAACAUGUUCGGGGAGUUGAAAGAAACGGUGCUGUGGAAAUAUGAGGAGAACCUGCCGAAUUUACCACCUAACGUGAAAAUUGUGCAGUGGGCACCGCAGCAUAGCAUUUUAGUGCACCCAAACCUCCUCAUGUUCAUCUCCCACGGAGGUCUGCUAUCCUCUACAGAAGCGCUACACUUCGGAGUCCCCACCAUCGGCAUACCGGUCAUGUUUGACCAGUACAUCAACGUGAACAAAGCCGUGAGCAGCGGCUAUGCGUUGUCAGCUGAACUUAGUGACGACCUGCCGAAUACUUUGAGGCCGUUGAUUAGAGACAUGCUGGAUAAUCCCAUAUACCGGCAGAAAGCAAAACAAUCGUCUAUGAUCUACCACGACAGGCCCGCAACAGCUGGUCAGGAGUUGGUCCACUGGACAGAACAUGUUAUCAAGACUAAAGGAGCACCUCAUCUUCGCUCGCCGGCGCUUCGCAUACCGGUGUACCAGAAGCUUUAUUUAGAUUUGUUGCUUGUUGUUGUAGUUUUGCUAUUUAUUUGUAAGAAGGCGCUCAGUUUGGUGUUUAAGAAGAAGGUGAGCCAGAAGAAAAAGAAUAAUUAAGAGUUACAUUACAUAAAUAAAUAAAUAUAUCUUUAGACAAUUUCACACAGCGCUAUCUAGCCCCAAAGUAAGCAAUUAAUGAAUAUGCUUGUGUUAUGAAACAUUUGGUGGGUAAGUUUAGAUUGUGAGUAGGAAUUUUAACUUCAGUGUGUGUAGUAGUAGUAAACUGCAAUCAAAAUGUCGGUUAGGUAUUUAUAUUGUUCAUUUUUAAGUUGAAAUCUGAUGGUGAUCGUUAAAAUAUACGUAAUUUAUGUAUAACAUGCAUUAAUACUUGACAUUUAGUUAGUAUCUAUAAUGAGCUAACGUUAGAACGUAGAUAUAACUAAGUCAUCUAGUAUAGUUCAUCCACGAAGACGCGCCCCACCAUUCUUCCGCGAAUGUUUGAGUGUUAUCGGUACACGCUAAAUAUGAGUGCACACGCACACUACAAUAAUGCCGCUCGGAUUGCUCGGAUCAAACUCCCCGCACCCCGCGCGACCGAGACCAAAAAUUGGUGAGGCGCGUCUUCGUGGAUGAAACGAUCUAUAAUACUUCGGUGCUACGAAUCGCUACGGCGUAGCAUACAAGUUUUAAAUACAUCUUAAUUUUAA